AGACAGUUUCUAUCGCGGUUCUUCACUUCUGUACGCUACUUUGACGGAUCGAGAUUUAUUCAUACUACUGUGCUGAACAUUUAAUCAUCUCUUGUCAGUAAGAAUUGUUCAGUUUGUAAUCACUCACGUGUUCACCAUGAAGGAACAGUGGAAAAAUGAAAAAGACGUAGCAAUUUUAGAAGAAGGAUUACAACAGAAGAAACAAGAAUAUAUAAGCAAGUCCAAAUAUAAUACCAAUUGUUGCAAGCAAUGGACACGAUACAUCAGAUUGAUAUUUUUAUUAACACUAACGUUAUUCCUCGGAUGGGGUUGUUACAUGAUCUUACAGAAUUAUCAUUCCCGAGUGACAGAAAAUGAGAUUGCAGAUGUCACUCGUGAAAAAUAUUCACUAGUGUCCGAAGUACAGAAAUCACAUCCAACUGGGGAAAUAUCUGUGAUAUUUGUCAAACCUGAAAUUACAGAUAAGCUAAAUAAUAAUUUUCUAGAAGCCAUAGGAUUGAAAGAACCAGAUUUAAUGCCAAGCAAGACAAUUGGAAUAAAUGUAGACAGCAGUAUGCAAACGAGUACGCAGAAUUCUGUUAGCAUGCCAAGUAACAAUAUAAUGGAAGCAAGUGAUAUCAAUAAUCCCCUAAUGACAUCAUCGUCAAAAAACAAAGGACUUUUGAAGAUGAUGGUAUGGAAAAAUUUUCCGAUCCAAAACAUCGAUAAAAUGAUUAUUUUUAACAACAACAAAGAAUCUAAUGUCUUGAAACAAUUUCUUGAAAAAUUGCACAAUAUAGCAAUUAAUGACUUAAAAAGAUUUGCAAAUAACAAUGAUUUUACUGAGACUGUUGAUCGCUUGAUGUUAAAUAAUCAGGAAGAUCGUGCUCCAAAUGCAUUCAAUGAAAUCAAAAGUGCAGGAUUUAAUGUUAGGAUUUUAAAAGUUGAAGAUUUCGAAGAUUUGACAAAAAGUUUGAAGAAUAGUGCACAAGAUCUGAAACAGAUAUUUCUUGAUAUAUCUGAACAAUUUGCGAUACAAGAUAAUCAUAGUGAAAAAAGUUCUUCGAACGAUGGAACUGAUGAACAAAUCAAUGCAUCUACACAAUCAGAUUUUGUUAUAUACCCACCUAAUAAAUCGCCCCCUAUUUUUGCAAAUAAUCUACAAAGUGGACCGAAAGAUAUAUCAGAAUCUAACAAGAUAAAAAGAAAGAGAAGAAAUCCACCAUUGGAGAGUACGACUGAAAACACGGAGACUAUUGAUGCUUUUACUCCAGAAACAAAAAUACAUAAUCAAUCUCACGAAAGCGAAAAUAUUGAUUCGGACAUUUUUAACAAAGCUCCUAAAAAUAAUAAAGUAUCCAGGACAAUAAGUAAAGAAAAUGAGGAUAAUGACCGCGAGAUAAUAUCUUAUAAUAUGAAGGACUUUGAAAAUGUUGAUAUAACGUUCAAGGAAUUUCCGGAUUCACGGAAAAUUUCCUUGCCUGACAAAGAAGAAGUGAAAAUUCCUGAAGAAGAUAUACAGAAAUAUGAUAUGUAUGUCGAUUAUGAUAAAAUGAAGCGCCCUAAAAUUUUAUAAAAUUCUACACAUACGGCACCUUUUAUUACAAAUAUAUAUUAAAUACGUAAUAGCAAAAUGUUAGCAGAAUAUCGGCAGUAUGACAGCAAGAUUAAUCAUGACUUUAUAGCAGAUUCCUGUCCACUGUGUCCGCAAUUGAUGACAUUCUGCUAGCAUAUAAGUAAGCAAAAUCUGACAGCAGAUUAGCGGCAAAAAUCGAGAUGAUUUGCACAAUAUAGUUGAUGGCAAAUUGGCGACAGAAACCGAGCAGAUUUGUCAAACACAAUCUGAUAGCAUAUUGGCGACAGAAAUCGAGCAGGACCUGGACAAUUCCUUGUCAUUUGAAUAUAUGAUAGAAUUGAAUAUUUUUCAGUAAAUAUGUACAAUAAGAUGUAUCAUCCGUUAAUUAUAAUUUUUUUUUAUAAAUAUGAAAUUUAAUGUAUAACAUAUA